GUUGGAAUCAGAAUGGCAACGGCAUUAGAGUUGAGCAACACCGAGAUACGUGGCAUGUGCCAGAGUUAUCUGCAUCAGAAUGAUCUGACUGCCAACUUUGAAAUUAUCAGCUAUCAGUUGCAGCCGGUGUCAGAGGCGCCAGCCGGAUUUCUAGGCAGUCACUUCUAUCUGCAGGUUAUAUUGCGUCUACAGGAAACGGGAGAGUUGAAACAAUUGCGCUUAUUCUGCAAAUCGGCGCCGGUGGGGAAUGUAUCCCAUAUGGAAUAUGUCGAGGAUUUUUCCGUGUUUCAAAAGGAGAUUUCCGUCUAUCAGCAUGUGCUGCCGGACGUGCAGGCAGCCUGCACAGAGAUCGCACCCAAAUGCUACUAUGCGGAUAAGAAUCUGUUGGUCUUUGAGAAUCUCAUAGAUCAGGGUUAUCGCAUGGGCGCUGAUCGUGAUGGUCUUUUAAAUUAUGAGCAGCUGCACUGCUGUCUGAAGACGUUGGCCGCUAUGCACGCAGGAUCUAUUAUAAAAGAUCACAAAAAAAAACCGCAAAUCCCUUUGGAGGAGAACGCAUAUCCAUCGAAUGUGCCGCCCGAGAAUCUGCGUCUGGUCAACUUUAAUCAAGCCUGUGAGGUGCUCAAGGAGUUUAUAAAGAUGAUGCCCAAAUAUCAGAGCCAGCUGGAUUACAUAUUGGCCAACUUUACCCAACGCAUGUCAAGCAUCUUUGAGCUGGUCAAAACUUCGAAGACUCGACUGAAUGUACUUCUGCAUGGUGAUCUCUGGGCUAACAAUAUACUCUUCCAGUAUGGCAAGUAUGGCGAAAAUCCGCUCCAAUGUCGCUUCGUAGACUUCCAGUUGGCCAGGUAUGCCGCGCCUGUCAUAGAUCUGAUCACAGUGCUCACCAUACCCACAACAAGCCAAUUUCGGGAAGCUCAUCUCAGUGAAUUACUGGCGGAAUAUUAUCGCUUUAUGACCGAGUUUCUGAAACGUGCCGGCUUAAAUAUAUCUGAUUUCAUGACUGAGGCUGAAUACUAUGACUCAGUGGAAGAGUAUCGCAUUGUUGGGCUCAUAGAGAGCUGCCUUUUCUGUCAUCUCGUCAUCAUGCCAACUACAUGCACCCAGGAUCUAACAGGCACUGCUGAUGGCUUCAGCGAUUUCUUCAGUCGCAAACGCAUUGACAUCUGCCUGAAAGCCUUCAACACCGAUGAAAUAUACAGGAGUCGCAUGCAGGACAUGCUAGAGGACUUUAUCGAUCAUUUUAUAUUACAAUCAUCGUAAAUAAAAAAAUAUACUAAAAAUAAAACCAAAAAAUUUCAAGUCUA